AUGGGUGCUGGUCAACGCCGUCGUCGCGCUAUGGAGGCCGCUGCUGCUGCCGCUGCCUCAGUAGCUUCCGCUACCUCUCCUACGGAGUUCUCAGUCUUUGACUCCUCCGCCACUAACUCCACUUCCGCCACCUCCUCUCCGGUCGAAUCUCCUACUUCCGCUUUUUCCUCCCCUGAAAUUUCGUCCGCUGUCGAUACCGAUGAGAUAUCGAAGGGCUUAGAAGCCGCCUCCCUCGCUGAGGCAAAGAUUAUGGCACCAAUCAAGCCAUAUGUCUUUAUCGCUAUUGACCUCGAGGCCAAUACGCACGAUUACACGUGUUUUGCUAAUAACAAAACUUAUACUCGCGGUACGCCAACCCAAAUUGGCAUCUCAAUUCUUCGGGCCAAUGGAAAUAAUGCGACCCUUUUCGCAAAUGAUCCAGACUCCCCAGCUGGCACCAACUACCGCCACCUUAAGUUUAAGGAAUUCGCGAAGUACAGGACCAGAAUCGGAAAGCUGAAGGGCGGCGAAAAGGUCGAUUUCCUCUACGGCCGCACUGAGGUCAUUCCGCUUGGUGGAGCAAACAAUAUCAUCAAAAAGCUCAUUGAUGAUGAGAGCAAGCACGGAAAGGUAGUCUUGGUUGGCCACGCCAUUCAGAAUGACCAAAAGAUCUUGGGCAUGGGGGGGAUUAAUGCCUUCGACGCCCUCUUUCCUGAGGCUUUAGAUACUCAGGCCAUGCACCUUACCCCGGGAAACAAGCAGGGUAGAAGCCUCGUCAAUUUGGUCUUAGGCUACAAUAGCUCUGUGGCAACAGGCUGGCAGCACAAUGCCGGCAACGAUGCCGCAUGGACACUUUGGGUCAUGGCAAAGAAGCUGCCGGACAUCCUCACCAUCUCGGAAUCCAACACGGAGAUGGUCAUCGAUACCUCAAAGAAUCUGAGGUUUCAACCAAGAGCCCAACUCGACGACGCCUACUACAACGACAUGGACAUGUAUGAUUUGUAA